AGCGUCGGCAAGCGCAGCGACUCAACCUGGGCAUCUCGCCCACGUUGCUGAAUCAAACAUUCUUAGAACAUAAUCAUGUGAGAUGUCACCUAAAGAAAGUCUUUCGGCGUCUCUUUCGUAAAUAUUAGCACAGGGCGCUUUCCAAUUUACCGCUGACAGUUCUCGUUACUCUCUCGAUCAAUAUUACAUACUUCCAACAUGGUGUUACAAACAAGUAGACAACUUGCCCGAGGCAUUUCGCACGUCAGGGUGCCUCUCAAUACAUCAAGUCGCCACUUCUCGGUGCAGAGUGCCCUGAGACGGGAAAUUCAAGAUGCUUAUAUCUUGAGUGCGUCCAGGACGCCGACAGCUAAAUUCAACGGCUCAUUUCUUACUGUAUCUGCGCCGAAGCUUGCCGCUGUCGCCAUAAAAUCUGCUCUCGACAAGUCCAAAGUGCCCGUUGAAAAGAUAACCGAUGUCUAUAUGGGCAAUGUCUUGCAAGCUUCCGUCGGCCAGGCUCCUGCUAGACAAGCAUCGAUAUUUGCCGGAUUACCCAAGAGUGUCGAGGCUAUCACAAUAAAUAAGGUCUGCGCAUCUGGCCUGAAGGCCGUUGUGUUCGCAGCCCAAAAUAUUCAGCUUGGUUUGAGCGAAGCCCAGGUGGCCGGCGGUAUGGAGAAUAUGUCACAAGUUCCGUACUAUAUGCCUAGGGCAAGUGGUUUGCCCGGCUUUGGCCACAUCAAGGUGGAGGAUGGACUGUUAAAAGAUGGUCUAACUGACGUGUACGAUCAAUUCCACAUGGGAAUAUGCGCCGAAACGACUGCUAAGAAAUACGAAAUCACCCGUGAACAGCAAGACGAAUACGCCAUUCAGUCCUACAAGCGUGCGCAAGCUGCUUGGAAGGACAAAGCAUUUGCGGACGAGAUUGCGCCCGUUACCGUUAAAGGCAAGAAGGGGGACACCAUUAUCGACACUGACGAGGGAUAUCUAGAUAUUAAGCCAGAGCGAGUGCCAACUCUCAAGCCAGCAUUCCUUCGCGAUGGCUCCGGUACUGUCACAGCGGCCAAUGCAUCUACCCUCAAUGAUGGAGCUAGCGCUUUGGUGCUUGGUAACAAGGCAAUUGCUCAAGAAUUCGGGGCGGGUUCGAGGGUAUUAGCACGAAUUUGCAGCUCCGCAGAUGCAGCUGUAGAUCCCGUCGACUUUCCCAUUGCCCCGGCCAAAGCCGUUCCCAUUGCGCUUGAGCGUGCGGGAAUAACGAAGGACCAGGUGGCUGUAUGGGAAUUCAACGAAGCGUUUGCAGCUGUCAUCAAGGCUAACGAAAAGAUCUUGGGCCUGGAAAACGCGCGGGUUAAUCCCCUAGGUGGCGCCAUAUCCCUAGGUCAUGCUUUGGGCAGCUCAGGGUCUCGGAUUUUAACUACGCUUCUUCAUCAACUCAAGCCUGGCGAGUACGGAGUUGCCGCCAUCUGCAACGGUGGCGGAGCUGCAACAGCUGUGGUUGUUCAACGGAUCGAAAAGGUAUGAAAAUGAUAUCUCAAUCUUGUGUACAGCUUAUGACAAAAAGCGGCACUAGCCUUGCAAUAUGAAUGAUGAUUUCAAAUGACAUGAUAAGCCGGCUCUCUUAUUGCAAUCAUACCUCAAAGCUCAACCCCCCUAAGGAUGGGUUGACAUGCUUAAUCAAGCUACAAAAGAUACUCGUAGAGAUGAUGUUGUAAUGUAGAAUGGUAUCGCGAAGCCGCACUCACUCACUGAACUGGCAUGUGAUAAUGGCAUUCACCAGAACGACGUCAUUCUGCUAAAUUGCAUAGGCGAUGCGGCUGCUUACUUCUAUAUGCAUAAAGAAAGAACACUCAAUGAAACGGCCCACCUGCAGUGUGACCCACAACCUUGAGGUACGUACCCA